AAAGAGAAAGGUUAGGUUUGGUUGGGUUACUGGUUAUUGUGCGUCACUUGAAUGAUAAUUUUAUCUUCUUUUUGAGAUGAGAAAAAAAUGAGCAUAUCUAAUGAUCUUUUUUAUUGCGACAUGUACUUAAUGUGGCAUUAGUUUUUCCAUAUUUAUUUUAUUGAUAACUAACAUAUUGGUUUGUGAAACAAUGUCUUGAAGAUUAUCACAAAAACUUUUCAAAAACCUGCAUUCGAGAAACAUUUCACAUAAUGGCCGAUGGACAAAAUAAAGAAGUAUAUGAAGCUAAAUCAGCGAGAAAUACAGCAUCUAAUUCAACACCUGAUGGGGACAUGAAACUGGAACCUUCAAGUCCUACAGAAAGAUAUGCUUUUACACGAUGUAAUAGUACAGGAUCAAUUAAUACACCUUCUUCAUCAGCUCAUAAUACUGAGGAUGAAGAUAGUGACAAUAAAAAUUCCACCGUUAGUUAUAAAGAGCGAAGAAGAGAAGCUCAUACGCAAGCAGAACAAAAACGAAGAGACGCCAUUAAAAAGGGAUACGAUUCCCUGCAAGAUUUAGUGCCAACGUGUCAACAUACAGAUUCAUCUGGCUAUAAACUUUCAAAGGCAACUGUUUUACAAAAGUCUAUAGACUAUAUUCAAUUUCUUCUACAACAAAAAAAGAAACAGGAAGAGGAGAGAAAUGCCCUUCGUAAGGAAGUUGUUGCACUUCGUAUAAUGCAAAAUAAUUAUGAGCAAAUUGUAAAAGCACAUCAAACACAACCGGGACAUUCGGAAAUGCGAGUUUCAGAUGAAACAAAAUUUCAAGUGUUUCAGGCAAUUAUGGAUCGUUUAUUUCUCACAUUUGAGAAUAUAUCUGUGGCAAAUUUUGCGGAAUUAUCAGCGUGUGUAUUCAGUUGGUUGGAGGAACAUUGUAAACCUCAGACACUUCACGAGGUUGUUCUUUCCGUUUUACAUCAAUUGAACGACCAAAUGAACUGCCAGACAGGUAAUAUUUGAUUAAGGGAUUGUGUCAUAAUUAAAAUAGUCAUAGAGCAGUUACCAACAUAAUUAAAAUUUCUACCCAGUAGAACUUGGGUAGAUUAAUAAUAAGAAAUUUAUUUUUUUAUACAUUCAUUAAAAUGUGGGUGUAAUAAAUUCGAAUGUCCAAUGUUCAGUACCUUAUGACAAAGACACUUUUAUACAUUUACUGUCAUGAGUAUAUAUAUAUAUCUAUAUAUUUGUAAAUAUAUAAUACGUUUUGUAUAAUUACUUCUUUAUAUAAAGAAUAGUAAGACUAGA